CUAUCUGCCACCGCUGGACCUGGAUGCCCUCGACGCAUCGAUCAGCUUGGGCAUGAAGGGCACCGUCAAGCUAAACAUAAUGUUGCCCUUGCUCAGGUCCUGGUGGGCCUUGCCGGCGGCAUGGAACUGCUGCAGGGCACAAACCUGCAUGCAUGCACACACAAAGACAUCUUGUAAGACAAGUUCAUCCUUUCUUUGGCGCGUGAGUCGUACCACGCCACCCCAUCGCCGGCGCUGCAGCGCGACGAUCUGCACACAUAUAUACAUCCAUACACACACAAACAGCCGACAAGUCAGAAUGCAUCCGCAUCUUCGAUCCCUCCUUUCUCUCUUUCUCUCUUGUUGCAUGCAUCAUCCAUUCAUACCACGUGCUCACACAACUGCAGUGCCGCCUUGAUGGGCAGCGGCCGCCCCAUCUUGGCCUGGUACUCCCUUAUCAGGUCCUUCAGGUCGCACUGAAACUUCUCCAUCACCAGGAUGCUCAUCGUGCGCCAGCCCUCGGCCUCAUACUUGGUAACGCCCAU